CCUUCUACCUCGACCUCGCCUUCUUCUGUCUUGUCGUCCUCUCACUACUCUCGAAGCCUCGAGCAAAGAAUUCUAAUCAUGCCGUCUCUCAUUUCUCUCCGCAUGCUUCUUCUUUUCGUUUUGGGCUUCGUCGCCCCCAUUCUUGCGCAGUCUGCCACCUCGGCCACUGCACCUCCCACGUCCACCUCCAGUCCUACUGGCACAAACAGCACCACUUCGCGGACAACGGCUGCCCCCAGCGUUUCAGUGCCCUCCACCGAGCCGGAUGUUUACCUCAAUGUUCCUGAAUUGCACGUUGGGCGCAUUGAAUUGACAGUUGAGCAGUUGCAAGCUGAUAUCAACUUGAACGCCAAAGUUGCUGGUCUCGUGCAAGUCAAUGCUGGUGUACAGGUUGCCGUGGAGAAGAUCAACAUCACCAUUGCCGACGUUGAUGUCAAUCUCGAGCUUAUUGUUCGUUUGGGCCACCUUGUCGACAUCGUCGAGCGUGUCUUCGAAUCCCUCGACUUGAACCCUCUCCUCAUUGGUUUGAUCAACAAUGUGACGAGCCUGGUCGGAGAUGUUAUCGGCGCUGUCGAUGGAUUGCUCGGAUCCAUCACCCAGGGUGGAACCACUCUUAACUUCUUGAUCGACAACCUCGGAAACAUCGUGCAGGAGGUGGUUGGUGGUGCUACUGGCGCUUUGCCUUCAAUCAUUGGUAACUACAAGCAGAAUAUGACACAAGUUGGUGAUGAGAAGAACAUUGGCCAGGGUUUGAUCCAGAAGACGUUCUCCUAUGAGGCUCUCGGCUCCUUGGUCGACAUUGUCUUCAACACCGCUGGUCAAGUCGUCCAAGCCACAGUCCAGAAGAAGAACGGAGGCGGAGGUGGUGGCUCCUCUACUUCGGCUUCGUCAUCAUCCACAGCUACACCUGUUUCACUGCCUGUUAGCAGUGCGGCAUCCACCUCCUCAUAG